GGUCGUGAAGACCUGUAUCGACACGCACGCGUACGUGGACAAACGCUGCUGCAUAAGUAAUUCAGAGUAGUCACGGCUCGAGAGGGAAGCAACGUUUACUUUCAGAAGUGACUACUAGUGGAACACAGACAGCAAGAAAGAUACGGAUUAGUAUACAGGUGGACAAACCCCGAGGUGUUUCCGCAUGUUGGCAAGAUUGCGGUGCGUGCGAGGUCUGAAUCCGAGUAUAAACACCACCUCCCCGCUAUCCCCCAGUGUUAUCAGGAGCCGCACCAGCCGAGACAGGUUACACCAUGCUGGGUCCCACGACACAGACAGAUCGGUGACUUUCUGUGGCACAUCGACAUCAAGCAAAGAAUGACAGCGACGAAAGAUGUCAUGAGAAAAGACAACAGCAGCUGGCAGCGGGGGUCAUUCAUUUCGUUGGCAUACACAGUGUCACCUUCUUUGCCGUCGAACAUGGCGUCGUCCGCAGGCGACGCUGCAGAACGGUAACGCUUGUAAAGAAACUUGUACUAGAAAUUGUGUGGAGAACUUGCUCAACCUGUUCCUCGCCACGGAUAGUCUCCCCCCGUAGCCGUUGUGUAGGAGAGUUUACAGUUUGCCAUUAGGAAGGCUGCAGGUGUACGUUUCGUCUCGAAUUGUCAGCCCCCCAGCGCAUGCCUCGUCUGCUUGUAGAUGAAUCACCAUCUCACAGCUUCUUUAGCAUAGGCACAUAUCCAAUACUUUCCUAACGCUAAUGGUUGAGUCGUCGAAGAGCGGAAGAAUGUUCUCAACGUGGUGCGCUCCCCUUCCAUUUUUCUAUCGGUAGUGACCCGUCCCCUGCAGCUGGCUAGUUGGCACUCGCGAAUCACAGCCAGCAGAGCCCGUGCACAGAGUCACUCAGAGUCGCGUGUAUUGCUCAGCCCACCAACCCGUGGACGUGUUAAACAGGACAAGGCAAGAAUCAUAAAAAAUUCUUUUCGGAGAACGUCCGCAAGCACUGAUUCUCCAUAGGGGGACAGCCCUUGACGGGCAUUAUUGUACGUUUUCCUCAGUCACCGCCGACGGCGUAAAGCCAGUCUCUCAAUUUACGCUUGGGCGCUGGCAAGACCAGGAUUGAGACCUCUCGUUAAGGUUCCCUAGGGCGAGAGAUCUCAUUGGCUUCUGAUUCGUUGAGAUUUUACCGUGGCAACGGAAAUCAGGCUUUAAACGAAAGGUGCGUAUUGUCCCGGGUUUCUCAGCCACUGUUGCCUCUAAUGUGUGAUGCAUGAUCCCGACUUCAAAGUACCCUUGAACGUCGUUGUGUCCAUCUACAGACGUGGCUCGAUCAAAUGCGUUCCUGUUUCUAGUCUCCUGCCAAUAACCCUUCCAGGCUGUACGAGUGAAAAACACGCAUACCUCGCAGCUUACUUCCUCCCCAAAUUCCUUAAUAUCACAUCAGCCGAGCAGCCACCCGCCGCCGCUCGAAUGCAACUACCAGCGGGGAGCUAUAUCCUGUUUGGAUGGAGCGUCAGGCAACGUGGUUGUACGAAGAUGAAAAAUACUCUGUUGUCACCUGUUGGUUUCUUUACCGCUCUCGCUGUACUUAUAGAAUGCCACCUGUGUGACCGGUGUGUUGCUCAUCAUGGCAGCAGCACUGAUGGAUCAGGCCUACGGCCCCCUCAAGAGGUCGACUCGGCACCACGAACGCCGUCGAUCGCUGUUAAAGAGCUUGCCACGUUUCCUGGAGAUGACAUUCAGACGUCAUCUCAAGAAUUGCCCGGCUAUGAACUUUGGACCAGGGAACAAUCAGGGGCAUCUGUGCGUGUUGGGUUUCCGCAGAACGCCGAAAGUUUUCUGACACAAAGAGAAGCGAGAGACGAAAUCGCGAAUGCUCACGAGCUCGUCGCUGUAACUCCAGAAGGCGAUGCGUGGAAUCACAGUGGUGUUGUCCCCGAGGAGCAGACUGUCACGCCUGCUUCAGGUAGCUUCAUUCAGAGGCAAGCCGCGCAUGCACCGCCUUCGACUCGAUUGACGCCCGUGGACCGCCGUGGCAGGUCACACACAGUGUCAGCUGUCAGACGGCGGGUGACCGUGGAAGACGUUAUGCGACCGGACCAAUCGGCAGCCAUGCAUGCAGUGUUGUCAGCAUUUGGAGGAGGCCUGGUUCUGAAGGCUAAGAACAAAUGGGGUAGAACACGUUACACGCUACAGGGACCCGCAACAUUCUUAGGAAUGGGAGCCGAGGGCAUUGUUGUACGUCUAAAUCAGGUGAAAAGCGACCGGGAAAGAUCGGUGACACCGGUGGCAGUCAAGCUGUGCCUCAUUCGUGCAGCAGUGUUCUCGGGGCUGACAUGGUGGAGAAAACGAAGGACCAGAACAGAACUAAUGAAACUGUUUCUGUCGAACGAGAAUUCUGUGAAGCGUGCUCUACCAGAUUUGGACCCGGCCGAAAUGCUAGAGCACGGUCUCGUCGUUCCACAUCAUGCUGAGCUUGUUUCCGGUAUGCCCACGUGGUUUGCCGCGGGCGACUCAUUUUUUGUAUUACCCGUUGUUUCUGUGUCUCCUCUUUUUACUUGCGACCUCGAAACGGUCGUGCAAAACCCGUUGACCUUUUUGGGCGAAGAUGUACAUUACCCGCCAGUUGCUAAAGAGUAUUGCGUGGAUGCAUCAAAAGGCAUUUCUCAUAAUGACUUGAAGCUUGAGAAUGUCCUGCUCAGUGCAGACGGAAGGGUUGCCAUCGGCGAUUUUGUUUUUCAAGCCCCCUUCGGGGCUUCGUUGCCCAUCAGGGGCACUCAUCUAUACAUGGACCCCGACAGCUCAGAAGCAUUUUUUGAACAACGAGAGAACGAAAUCACUCCCCACAGAGAUGCAUGGGCGACUGGAGUCCUUCUUUUCUAUCUGUGGUGUGGCGUGUUUCCAUUCGGGUUACAGAAUGUCGCUAACGCGAGUCCGCCACAGGUGAUGAGGGUCACAGUCAUGCAUGCAAGGACUACCAGGCCGCCGCCCAACUUCCGGCUGUGUCGGCGCAUCCCGCGUGAGGUUCGGAACCUCGUUACCGGAUUUCUGCAGUGGAACGAGGAAGCUCGGCGUCUUCCCAGCGAUGUUGCCGACGCGUUCCUUGCCGCUACGGACGACGGUGGUAGAGAGGCGCGUCGGAUAAGAACGCAUCAAUUUUGAGAUCCGCGCCGGCUGAAUGCAUGCCUGAGAGUUGGAGCUCCCAGGCAUGGCGGAAGUGUCUCCAUCAGACAAGCAACGAGCAAGAUGGUGUCGCACACUAGACAUCGUCGGCUGCGAAGGCGACAGUGCAAAUGGCGGGCUUGCGUGGCCGUGUGUGGAAUGCAGAGAUGUGCUCUGCAC